UUUCUAGAAGGUUGUAAGGCCUCGGGGAAGUGUUAAGGGGAAACGCUAAAUGUGAACACUAAACUGUUUAUUUUAAAACUACACUGGGGGGCGGGGCCUUAUUAGAGAGUAGUAGUUGUGACACUUCCAGGCUGUGCUCUUCAGCUGCCCGCCUUUUCUUCCUCUCAUAUAAAAGCCACUGAAGUGCUGAACAGUUAUGUUCCUCAGAGGACCCCGAGUGUUCAGCUUCAUCAGACCACUUCAUACUGCGGUCACUGCAAACAUGCCCAUCAAGGUUGGAGAGAGUCUGCCAGCUGUGGAGGUCCAGGAAGGAGAACCAGGGAAUAAAAUUUCCAUCGCCCAACUCUUCAAAGGGAAAAAGGGGGUACUGUUUGCAGUGCCAGGGGCCUUUACUCCUGGAUGCUCCAAGACGCAUCUCCCUGGAUUUGUGGCUGACGCUGAAAAGCUGAGGAGCAAAGGUGUGCAGGAGGUGGCCUGUGUCUCUGUGAACGACGUGUUUGUCAUGGCCGCAUGGGGAAAGGAACAUGGCACAGAUGGCAAGGUGCGAAUGCUGGCCGAUCCCACAGGAGCCUUCACUGCGGCAGUGGAUCUCUUUCUGGACAAUGAUGACAUUUUGAAGGUACUUGGUAACAAGAGAUCCAAGAGAUAUGCAAUGGUUGUUGAGGACGGCGUGGUGAAGAAGCUCAACGUGGAGCCUGAUGGUACCGGUCUCACCUGCAGCUUAGCCUCCAACAUCCUCUCUGAUCUGCUCUAAAGCACAGACAGCAUCUACAUCCUUACUGUGACUUAUCUUUCAGUGAUCAGUAUUUUCAGUUUUGCUUCAGUUAUAUAUAUUAAAAAAAGUGUCGGUGGCGAUGCAACUAAAGAAAGCAUAGCAGUACUGUAAUAGAGGACGCUACACAGUUGGGCGAGACCUCAACGCACAACAUGAACUUCAUACGCACAGUAAUCUGAAAUGCUGCACUGCACAAUACCAUUGCUCUUACUCUAACACUGUUAUCUGUUUGUCUAUAAAAAUAAUAAACAGAACUUUUGCAUUCCA